AGCUUCGGGAUCUUGGCCGGAUCAAAGCCCGGGGGGUAAUAUUUGUUCAGCACUUUCCGUUCCGCCAUCGCUGCGGCUUCUCCCGAUCCCUGGUGCUGCCUCCACGCUGCUCACCCCACGUUGGGCACCAAUUUGUAGCAGUGUGGGGUUUAGAUGGUGGAAGCUGCUACCCAGUUCCCAAGAAGCACCUUGUCUUGGUUUGAAAAGUCUGAUAAGGAAGGCAGGAGCCUCACCUGAAAUGGAAAAUGUAAACAGCUGUAGUUCUGCUGGAGCAGGGAUCCUGGACAAGGCUGGAGUUUCCCUCUGAAGCUCCAGGGCUGGUGUGGAUGGGCCUGGGCUUCCUCUGGGAAUGCAGUGGGGCAGAAAGCUGCUCCUCUGGGAAUGCAGUGGGGCAGAAAGCUGCUCCUCUGGGAAUGCAGUGGGCAAAGGCUGCUGUGGUGUUCCAGGUGUCAGAUUGUAUCCAGGUAGGAAUGCUUGGCUCCAGAUUAUAUCCAGGUAGGAAUGCUUGGCUCCUCCCCUGGGCGGAGCAUCUCCCCAUGGGAUGGUGGAAUUUUAUCAGUGUGACUCAGUGGCCCAUGAACAUAAGAUAAUUAAUAAUUAAUGGCCCGUUAACAGAAGAGAUCUCCUGGAGGGAGGAUUGAUUGUGGGAGAGAUAAAGAAAACUGCCCAGUUAACAGAAGAUAACUGCUCCACCCCGACAGAUGGAAACAGAAUACACAACUAAAUCUUUCAAUCCAAGACACAUGCCCUGUGUAAACCUGCUUGGGCAAAUUCAGGCAAAGCAGUCAAGUCCACACACCACACUCACCAUGGUUAGCUCAGCCAAGAGAGGCAACGAGCGCCUUUUGUAUGAUAUAUUCCAGUGAGGUUUAUUCCAGCACGCCGAGGGACAACCAGGGACAAAAGACGAGACCGUGUGGUGUGCAUAAUCCGAAGUAUGGGGUCAGCAGGCACUGACCUGAGAGCUCGGGGGCAGCACAAAGGGCAGGCGAGGCAGGCACCAGGGGUGCCACAACCAGUGAGGAAACAGGGAAAGCAGAAGUCCCUAGAAUUUGGGAUAUUUGGGGAAGGCAAGCUGGGAGGAUCAGUGUUGUGAGGCUCCAUGGGGAAGUCCUCUCUUUCAGGCUAGGGGGGGAAAACUCUGUGGUAGAUCUUUCCAGGGUGAAGCCUGGAGGUUUCAAAGGAUUCCACACAAAGGGCUCUGAUUUACCUGGCUGAACUGGAGGUACUGUGGAAGGGGAUAGGAAGGAUGUUGUUCCCUCCCUCAUCCUGCCAGGAUUUUGGCUGGAGAAGGUGCUCAUGCAGGCAGAGGGGCAGUUGGAGUGGGAUUUCAACAUGAAAGGCAUCUUCUCCCUCUUCUCUACCUCCCAAAGUCCCUGGGUUCUUUUAAAACCUCCCUGCUCUUCUCUUUACUUGCUUCAGUGCAGACCAUGACUUUGAAGAAUGGUGCCUUUUGCCAUAGGCCAGUAGCAGUUUCCUACCCCAAAAAAGCUCUGCAACCCAAUUCUCAGUCCCACACAACCUGCCUGGGGCAGGUUCCUCCUCUCUUUUCCUUCUCAUCCAAGAAAAGGAAGUCAGUUUUCACCCACAGACAGCAGAGCCUCCCCACCACCUGUGCAGGUGCUCUGUCUCCUUCCAGGAGCUCUGCACAGCAGCUCAGGAGAAGUGGGGGCAGAGAUCAGGAGCUGACACAGCAGGGGAGGGCAGGCUGAGUAUUCCAAGCUAAAAUGCAGCUGGAGAUAGACAGAACUGGGUCUGGUCCUGUCCAACCCUUGGACCACUGCACGAGGAGGAGGAGGAUUUGUUCCCUGGGAAAGAAGCAGCCAUGAACCUCAAACUCCUUCCUGCCUCUCCCCCUGUGGGAAAUACCCAAGGCUUUGCACUGCUCCAGCUGCUCCUCCUGUGUUUCUGCUCCUCCUCCCUCUGUGUUUCUGGGGUGGGACGGGGGUGUCCAAGGGAAGGUGUUUCUCCCAUUUCGGAAAGUGCCAGGAACCUCUGUGCCUGUAGGGUCUGAUCCUGUGGCCUGGCAGCCCGAGCCCCUCCCUGGGUGCCCACCUGUGUCCCUGUGAGCUGCAGGCAGUCAGGGAGGAGCUGUGGGCACUGGGAAUGCAGCAGGGCACGGGAAUGAGUGCUGGGAAAAGGGAGAGGAAUUCCUCAGGCGGGCAUUAACGGGGGAGGUGCAGAGCCAACAUCUCCCACGGGAGCCAGGGCCCCUCUCUGGCUCCCACCCACACAAACAUCCCGUUCUUGGCCCUGUGCCCCUGCAGGGACGGCUGUUGGUGCUCCCCACACAAGUGCCAAUGUUUAUAUGGAUCCCAUGGACCCUCCUUCCCACCUCUCCCUCCUCUCCCGUCGUGUCUCACCGCCUCCCUCAGCCCCCUCUGCCUUAGUCAGCUCUGCCUUGUUUUGCUCUAAAAGCCUGAAUGAUUUGCACUUGAAUAUAAAACGUUACUCUCAGAGCUCAGCAGGUUGUACCAGGUGUGCAGCCCUGCCAGCAAUAGGUGCUUCCACAUCUCCUGUUCCCAGCAAUCCCUGUUCUGUUCCUACAUCUCCUGUUCCCAGCAAUACCUGCUCCCUCCUUUCCUGCCUUUCCAGCAAUAAGUGCUUCCACAUUUCUUGCCUUUCUAGCAAUACCUGUUCUGUUCCCUCAUCUCCUGCCUUUCCAGCAAUACUUGCUCCGCCCAUCUCCUGCCUUUCCAAGAAUAUGUGUUCCCUCACCUCCAGCCUUUCCAGCAAUUCCUGUUCUAUUCCUUCAUCUCCUGCCUUUCCAGCAAUGGGUGCUUCCAUAGCUCCCAUUUCCAGCAAUAUCUGCUCUUUCCAUCUCCAGCCUUUCCAGCAAUUCCUGUUCCCUUAUCUCCUGCCUUUCCAGCAAUACCUGUUCCCUCAUCUCCUGUUUCCAGCAAUACCUGUUCCCUCAUAUCCUGCCUUCUCAGGAAUAUCUGUUCCCUCAUCUCCUGCCUUUCCAGCAGUACCUGUUCCCUCAUUGCCUGCCUUUCCAGGAAUGCUUGUUCCCUCAUCUCCAGCCUUUCCAGGCAUACCUGUUCCCUCAUCGCUUGCCUUUUCAGGAAUACCUGUUCCCUCAUCUCCUGCUUUUCCAGCAAUAAGUGCUUCCACACCUCUUGCCUUUCUAGCAAUACCUGUUCUGUUCCCUCAUCUCCAGCCUUUCCAGGCAUACCUGUGCCCUCAUCGCUUGCCUUUUCAGGAAUUCCUGUUCCCUCAUCUCCUGCCUUUCCAGCAAUAAGUGCUUCCACACCUCUUGCCUUUCUAGCAAUACCUGUUCUGUUCCCUCAUCUCCUGCCCUUGCAGCAGUGGUGUUUCCAUCUCUCCUGCCCUUGCAGCAGUGGUUGUUUCCAUCUCUCCUGCCCUUGCAGCAGUGCCUGCUCCCUCAUCUCCCAUUUGCAGCCAUCCCUGCCCCUCCCAGCCCCAGGAGCCAAGGUGUGCAGGGCUCCCCUGCUGCUGGAGCCGAGUGGGGCUGCAGGAGCGUGGAGCAGCGAUGGAGGCUCCGUGUCUGUCCUACAGCGUUCAGCAGGUGCCUCCCUGUGCUUGGGAAAGGCGUCUGACAGUUGCUCCUGUCUCUGUUCUCUGUUUCCCCACCCUGCUGGGCUGAAGAUUUGGGGUUUCACCACACAGAUUUUGUUCUGUGCCUAAGAGCAGCACAGCAGCGCUGGAGUGGAGUCUGUAGUGUUAGUGUUAAACCUCCACCUUCCCAAGGGAAUGGUUCUGAGGACCUAAAUGCUUCCUCAGAGAGGGAGGGGGUGAGGAAGAGAAUUGGGGAAAUGUUCUCAAGUUGCCCAUCUGGGAUUUAUCUCCAUGUUCAGUGACUGAAUCUCUAUUAAGUGAUUUAUUUGGGAUCCCAGGGGCAGGAGCAGUGUUCCUGCUCCGUGUCCUGGCUGUGCCCUGAGCUCUGUCCCUCUCUGCUGAGCCCAGCACACCCCCAGGGUUUUCUGGGCCAGCAGCAGCUUCUCCCUGUUCUGUUUUAAACAGCCAUAACCAUGCCUGUGCUUUUGCCUUUCUCCUGGAGUUUGUUUUUCCACGAGGCUGCAGCAGGGUGCUGUGCUCUGCCUUUGCUGCCAGCCCACAGCUGUGUUUUUUGCUUUGCAAGAACUUUGGCCAAUUUCUUUUCCCCUUGCCUGGUCCUCCUGGCCACGUGUGGGCCAGGAGAACCACCAAGGUUUAUCCUCAAACUGGAACAAACCUGAGGGAUGUGGAUUCUCCAGUGUGAGGUAGACUCAGCCUUGUCUAGGAGGGAACCGCCGUGUUUGGGGUUAAAAACCUGGAAAAACGUCCCCAGGUGGGAGAAGUGUUGGGGUUUUUGGAGUUGUUGGUUUCCCUGUUCUUCACGUCCGCAGGAAGUGGGUUCUGUGUGUCUCAUGUUUUAAGAGCUGCAACUAAUGUUUAUAAAGAGCUUGUUAUUUACGUUUUAAGCACUUUAAAAAAAAAAUAAAAGUUGUUCAAGCUGUU